AUGGUAAUGCCCCAAAUUCUGAUAUUUGGUCUUGUACCUGCAAAAUUACAGCCCAAGUUGACAAAUCUACCGGUUCAAUCAAUAUCGUCUGAUACUCUGCUAACUUUGCUAGAGAUGGAGCCUUCAGGUGAGAUUACAAAGGGUAGGAUGGAACUUGAUGUUGCUGAAGCGAGGAGGUCUCAAAAGAAGAGAUUACGUGUCAUUCAAGCUAAAUUAGCUCAUUUUGUAAAAGUUGAAGUUAUGUUUCGUUCUUUCCCAAAAGAUGAAGCAAAUGGGUCUGACAUUAUGUUAGAAGCGAUACUGGAGGCAGAAGUGGCAAAUAAUGGCCAAAGAGUUUUUCUCGCAGCCAGCAAACCAAUUAAAAAACCAAAAAUAAGGGGCCUAAGUGUGAACUUCCAUUUUUGUCUUACCCCAAUCUGGCCAUCUUUCCUAAAUCCAGCCACUAGACCGUAUAAUAUACCCAGUGAGUGCUUUCGCCGCUUUUUCUCAUCAAUCUCAAUAUUUAUUUUUUUCAGUAGAAAGCAAAUUCUUAAUGGUAUGGCAACUUUUCUGAAAGCAACCCAUUUCAUUAGUUCGAAUAACAAGCUCCAAAAUCACCCUUUUCCUCAUUCAUAUACCCAAUCUCUCAAGGUUUCUACUUCUCGCAAACCUCCCAUGGCUGCCUUUAGCACCAAUGCAACUGUUGGUCUUUCUGAAACUUUCAUUCGAUUGAAACAACAAGGCAAAGUGGCAUUAAUUCCAUACAUCACUGCUGGAGAUCCUGACCUGGCAACAACUGCAGAGGCACUGAAAGUGCUGGAUAAAUGUGGUUCAGAUAUCAUAGAACUAGGAGUGCCUUAUUCUGAUCCGUUGGCUGAUGGGCCAGUCAUCCAGGCUGCUGCUACACGAUCACUGAGUAGAGGGACCAACUUCGCCAAAGUUAUAUCAAUGUUAGAAGAUGUUGUUCCUCAGUUGUCCUGUCCGGUUGCCUUGUUCACGUAUUAUAAUCCAAUACUUAAGCGCGGUGUUGAAAAGUUCAUGGCCACUGUAAGAGAUACUGGUGUACACGGACUUGUUGUUCCAGAUGUCCCUCUAGAGGAAACUGAAAUGUUGAGAAAGGAAGCUGCUAGGCAUAAUAUUGAAUUGGUAUUGCUUACAACACCAACUACUCCAACAACUCGCAUGAAAGCCAUUACUGAAGCUUCAGAAGGAUUCGUAUACCUUGUGAGCGCAGUCGGAGUUACUGGAGCUCGUGAAUCUGUGAGUUCUAAGGUUGAGUCUCUCCUGAAGGACGUUAAAGAGGCAACAUCUAAACCAGUGGCAGUCGGAUUUGGCAUUUCAAAACCGGAGCAUGUUAAGCAGGUGGUAGGAUGGGGAGCUGAUGGUGUCAUUGUUGGUAGUGCAAUGGUAAGAAUAUUAGGUGAAGCAAAAUCGCCGGAAGAAGGGUUGAAGGAAUUAGAGGUCUUCACCACAUCUUUAAAGUCUGCCCUCUCUUGAUCAGUGGUAGAAUUUAUGUUUUUGUUUUGUCAAGCUUGGGGCCAUCUCAUUUUUCAAAAUUAAGCUCUUAGAAGCAAAUGAAUCUUGAAAAUAGAUCAUCUGAUUUUAAGCUGAAGAUUUUGACAUUCAUAUUCUAGCUUGUAUUAGAUGCAAAAUUGUUUUCUAUGGUAUUUCAACUUUUGGGCAAAGACAUAUUUUUCCCGCUAUAUUGGCAAAAACCGAGUGCCAACUACUUUUGGCAAUUCACCUGA